AACACACCCCGCUCUUCCUAGAGCGCACGCGCAGCUACAAUGGUGGUUGGUAGCGAUUGGAAGGCUGGUGGCAGGGGGCGGGGAGCGCCGAGAUCUGGUUUUGGGCGGGAAUAGAAACGGCCACUUCUGCCAACAAGAACUUGAAAGCUGCGAGUUUCCAUCCUUGAAUGGGACCAUGGUGCGGCCUGUGAGGCAUAAGAAACCAGUCAAUUAUUCACAGUUUGAAGCCUCUGACAGUGAUGAUGAUUUUGUUUCUGCAACUAUACCUUCAAAUAAGAAAUCACGAACAACAUCAGAGGAGUUAAAACUAGAAAAACCAAAACCUAAAUUGAAGACUCUCCAGAAAGAAGACAUCCCAGUACAAGAGAAAACCCCUAAAAAAAGGUUGGCUUUAGAUGACAAGCUGUACCAGAGAGACUUAGAAGUCGCACUGGCUUUGUCAGUGAAGGAACUUCCAGUAGUCACCACUGAUGUGGAAAAGUCUCAAGAUGAAAGCAUUGAAAAACAAGUCAAUAAUGAAGCAGAAACAAAGAAUAAGAAUAAGUCUCCCCAUAUCUCUAAUUGUAGUGUAGCCAGUGAUUAUUUAGAUUUAGAUAAGAUUACUGAGGAAGAUGAUUCUCAUGGCGUCCAAGGGAAAAGAAAAGCAGCAUCUAAAGCUGCAGCACAACAGAGGAAGAUUCUUCUGGAAGGCAGUGAUGGUGAUAGUGCUGAUGACUCUGAACCAGACUUUGUAGCUGGUGAAGAGUCUGAGGAUGAUUCUGAUUUUGAUGAAAGUGAAGAUGAUGAUGAAAAUUUCACUGUAAGGAAAAGUAAAGUUAAAGAAAUUAAAAAGAAAGAAGUGAAGGGCAAAUCCCCAGUUGCAAGAAAAGAGAAGAAAACCAAGUCCAAAUUUAGUUCUUUGGACUCUGCUCCAGCUGCCGUCAAACCAGAAUGUCAGCCCUCACCAAAAAUGAUGUCUCUUUCUUCAGAAGCCACUAGGAAACCAUUGCAAAUACUCAGUCCUUCAGCAGAAAGCAAGAGACCCAAGUGGGUCCCACCAGGAGUAUCCGGAAGGAGCAGCAACAGCAGCAGCCCACUGGCAGGGGUGUCUGUUAAGUCCCCAAGUCACAGUCUCCGCCUUGGCUUGUCCAGAUUAGCACGAGUUAAACCCCUGCAUCCAAAUGCCACUAGUGGCUGAGUAUGGUAGCAAAGAAGUGUUUGAGUAAGAGAAUUUGUUUUAUACAGGUGAUUCUACUUGAGGAGGAUACUGUAAUAUAAAAGACUCCUUUAACAUGUAUAAAUUAUCUCUACCCAUUUUGUGUUAUGUUCCCUGAAAAGCUAUUCAACACUUCAGCAAGAAACUUGUUUAAGAAUUGUCUUGUACUGUCAUUUCCUGCUAAAGGGCAGAUUCUGUUUUCUUUAUGUAUAAUAAGUUAUUGCCAUUAAGUGCUUGUCAGUUUGACAAUGAAGCUCACAUUACAUGCUGCUCUUUCUGGCUUCAUCUACUUUAUGACACCUUCACUUUAACUGUUCAGAGUUUAUCUGGCAAGAGGGAACAUUCCCAUUUCUUCCAAGAGAUAUUUCUGAAAUUGUUUAAGCUGCAUAGUCACUUUCAUUGCAAGGAUGUUUCCUAUUUUAGUCAAUUAUUUUUAUAGAUAGAAUUCAGAAUUAUUUUCCGAACGAAAACUAUAUUACGGCAUAUUUCCCCUACUUGGAAGUAGAUGGUUAUUGUACAACAAAUAAAAUUUCAUGACAAGUUCUCAUUGUCAAGACCUUUAGUAAAAAUGAAAAAGUCUUAAUAUGCUCUUUUCCUUGAUAGCAUUGCUUCCAUCUGUCUCUGAAUGCCUACAUUUCUUGAUGAAAUGAGUGCUUUGCCAAACAUGUUAUCCUUUUUGUUGUAAACAUGGCAGGGGCAGAGGUGGGGCGGGAGGCAGUCACUUUUUGGUAAGCCAGUGCUUUCGAGGGUGGCUGUGGGUACUUACUGGCCCCUAUUGCAAUGUUAGAUAAUAUGAUAAUACAGCUUUUCAGGAAGUUUAGAUAUGAAUUCAUUGUGAAUAAAAACAAUAAUAGAUAUUUUAUAUUUAUGGUAAGAAUAGCUCUUGAACAUUUUUUAAUAAAAACUCUUCAAAUCAUGUUAACCAUUAAAAAAUGUGUAACACUUAGCUCAGUUCUUGGUUUAUGGAAAUUCCUAUGUUAAUGUGAAAAUAAAUAAUUUAGAAUAAUCACCAAAGUGAGCAUUUACCUCUUCUAUUGUACAUUCAUUUUCUUAUCUAGUUUAUAUUUUUACACUGUUUUACCACUUCACCUACCCCACCCCACCCCCUUUUGAAAAUAUGUUUUCCAGGUACAUAGUACCUGGUAUGCUGUAUGGUGCAGUUCAACAAUAAACUUUUUUGU